AUGGAGCCCCAGUCUCCGAACGAAAACCCGACUCUUGAAUGCUCCGGGAUAUCUCAACUUCCAAACGAACUUCUCUCAGAGAUCUUGGAGCCCUUCUUCUGCGUUCCAGACGACAAAUUCUCCAGCACCGAGCCUGUGUCACCGUUCUCGAACUACGGUCUUCCAUCGUUACCUCCUCUCAUGGUUUGUAAAUUGUGGUAUCAAAUCGGGAUCCCCUUGCUCUACGAGACUGUGGUGAUACGGUCUCCGGGUCAAGCGUACGCUCUCUCACAGACGCUGGAGGGCAAGAGGGGGAUUUGGAAGAAUCGGAGGGGUAGAAGAGCGGCUAGACAUGGUGGCAAUUCCAACAAACGCGAACUGGGGCAUGCGAAGUACAUCAAGAAACUCAGACUCGAAGGGUGGUACGGCUCUUACUCUGCAUCGAUACUGGAACUCUGCGGGACGGGGCUGGAGGUACUGUGGAUGACUACUUCGCUGGGCAGCAGGGAGGCACCGACGAAUUACGACCGGGGUCUGAAAGCGGUUGACCCGGUGAGGGCCAUACUGUAUAAUAGCCAGUUGAAGACCGGAACGUCCAAGCUUCAGAAGGAUGCGACUUCCUUCUUGAAGGAUGCUUUGGAAAGCUGGAGCAGGAUGGAUUCACUCGUCGUUGUCAGCCACGAGAACUUCGAGAAUCUCUCAGAGUUGAUUUCCGCAAUCCCUGAUACGUCCCGUCUACGGCACCUUACUCUGGGCGAUAGAUACUCGUGUCAAACUUAUGGCUCUCUCUGGACACUUCUGCACUACUACGACAUAUCGAAACAGCUGAAGAGGCUUACGACGCUUCGUGUUGUCGACAAUCAGCGUACGGCUAUUCCAGAUGACUGGGCCAGUCAUAAGGAGGCGAGAUACGUUGAGCUGGCUCGCGAUACCGCGUUUGUGAAGAAGAUUGAGUGGGUUAAGCCGCCAUCCAAGGACCCCUGGGAUUGUACCCUUCCCUUACCGAAGACCUGGAUCAACACGAUGCUAGCCGAGCCAGAAGUCAAAGAAAGAGGUGGAUUCCUUCAGAGGGUCCCCCGGUCUGAUUGUGAGGACGACCCGGACUCGGAAUUACUCGUCUGCCACAUAUCCAAGCCAAAGGCUUUCCGGCGUUUCUUCUCCGCGGGAAGGCUUCAUUACAUGUCCCGUCUAUGCCUUGACUUCUCCAGUCUUCCACUGGUUUCCGAUCAGAAACUGGCAGAGACGCUCGAGCUAUCGUUUCGGCGAUGCGUUAACCUCGAGGAAUUUAUUGCGCUGGAAUACUGGGAGUUGAACAAUCGGUAUUCACCUCGCUACUAUCCAGCGAGGGAGACGGAACACCAUCCAGUACCUCGUCCUGGUAUCCGCUGGUACACGUUUAGGACAUUGGCGGAGGGUGUAGGUCGGCGAUUGACGCGCUUGCAAGUUCCUGUCGUUGUUAACGAUGCGGACGAGCUUCUUCAAGCGGAAGGCAAUUUCUUCUACCUGCUCAGGCAACUUGGAGAGCUAAAGAUAUUGGUCGUCGACGUUCAGCUUCCGAGGAUGUCUGGUGUGGAACGGGUGCCACUGCGAACGGGACCCGUUAUAGUCUGGCCGGAUGCACUCCCGAACCUCGAGCAUCUUACGUUCGUCUCCUGGCCCCGUGCCUACACCACUCGUUUCCUUGAAACGUUCAGUUAUAUGAGUCUACCAUCUCUCCGACGUCUCGAGUUUCCAAUUUGCGGUCGGGAAUCAUUCGCCCGCACCGACAUACAAUGCUUCUUGGCAGUUCACGGUCACAAGAUUGUGAUGCUGGAAAUUGACCCGAUUAUUCCUGGUCUCAUUCCAGAUUAUUGUCCCAACGUUGUGACCUGGAGAAUACCUACAGGCGUUCUUGGCACGGUGGCCGGGUUCGACCCGAGGUGCCUCGAGUCAUCGAGUGAAGGUUUCGUGGAUAUGAAGCUGGAGAUUAUUCGGCUUGGGACGAUCGAUAUCAGCCAAGAGGCGCUCGACGCGCUUAUGGGUCAUGAUUUCUCGAUGAUGUUCCGGUUGUUGGAAAUUCGUGUCGAGGAUCCAGCUUUUUCGUGGCCUCGUAAUCAACGAGACAUCGACAAGUCAAAAUGGGUGCCCUUAGCGGAGCGGUUGUUCGACAUAGGAAUCAGACUUACAGACGUUCACGGUACUGGGUGGAGGCCGCGGUUGAAGAAUCCUACGGCAACUAAAAGAUCAAAGAAAAAGAAAGCUAUUACUACUAUUGCGAGUCAGUAG